AUGCAGUUACACAGAGAGAGAAAAGAAGAGGGAGUAAUGGCAAUGGCUACAAUGAGAGAGAUGCCAAGGAGCCCUGAAGCCAAACUUGGGAUGAGAGUUGAAGAUCUAUGGGAUGUUCAAGAGGCACAAUUAAGUCCUAAUGACAAACUUAAUGCUUGUUUUGAAAGCAUACCUGUUUCUGCUUUUCCUUUGCCUGCUAAAAACCAAGAAAUUGAAAUAAAAUCAGAUGCUACCUUGGCUGAAGCUGUGAAAAUACUAGCACGUCACAAUAUUCUGAGUGCACCUGUUGUGGAUGUUGAUGCACCUGAAGAUGCUACUUGGAUUGAUAGAUACAUCGGAAUAGUUGAGUUUGCUGGAAUUGUUGUAUGGAUUUUGCAUCAGUCUGAGCCUCCAUCCCCCAGGAGUCCAUCCACUCCAACUAGCGCAAGUGCUAUUGCAGCCGCAGCAAACGGAAAUACUUUUGCCCGAGAACUCGAAGCCUUAGGCCUCGGAUCUGCAGCGACAACUUCUGGAAACUUUUUUGAGGAUCUUACUUCUUCUGAACUUUAUAAGAACACGAAGGUUCAAGAUAUUUCAGGAACAUUUCGAUGGGCUCCGUUUCUUGCUUUGGAGAGAUCAAACUCAUUUCUAACCAUGCUCUUGUUGCUUUCUAAGUACAAAAUGAAGAGUGUUCCUGUGGUAGACUUGGGUUCUGGUACAAUUGAUAACAUCAUCACACAACCCGCCGUGAUUCAUAUGUUGGCAGAAUGUGCCGGACUUCAAUGGUUCGAAAGUUGGGGAACCAAGGAACUAUCUGAUGUUGGUCUUCCCCUUGUGACACCAAAACAGAUCAUCAAGGUUUAUGAGGAUGAACCAGUCCUUCAAGCAUUUAAAGAGAUGAGGAAAAAGAGGGUUGGAGGGGUGCCUGUAAUCAAAAGAGGUGGCACCACGGCAGUUGGUAAUAUAAGCUUGCGAGAUGUUCAAUUCUUGCUAACUGCUCCAGAAAUCUAUCAUGAUUAUAGAACUAUUACAGUGAAGGACUUCCUGACCUCCGUUAGAAGCUACUUAGAGAAGAAUAAAAACGCAUUCCCAAUGUCAAGUGAAUUCAUUACAUGCAAAAGGGACUGUACAGUGAAAGAGUUGAUUCAAUUGCUUGACAAAGAGCAAAUUCACAGGGUCUAUGUUGUGGAUGAUGAUGGGAACCUUGAAGGACUAAUCACACUAAGAGAUAUCAUCUCAAGGCUAGUACAUGAACCCCACGGCUAUUUUGGUGAUUUCUUUGAUGGUGUUCUCCCUCUACCUGCUAACAGCAGGGUUUAACAGACAAGGCAUCAAGAAAGAAUAACUUGCUCUUGCAGAGAUUUUUUGUUUUUGUUUUUGUUUUUGAAAUAAUUCUUCAGAGGAAAAGUAAAAAAUAUGUAUUUAUCUUCAGGUUGAAGAUGUGUACCUAGGUCUUUGUAAUGUGUAGGCAGUUUGCAAGUUACUUGCACCUGUUUUAACUAAUUUUAGAAUGGGACUUUUAUGUACUGUAAAUUCUGGUGUAACCGUAAGUUCUGUCAAAUUUUGGGUUGUUUUCGUUGUCUUCGAUUCGUGUUUCUGUUCACCUUAUUAUGACUAGAGCGACACGUGUCUAUCCACAUUUUUCUUUUGUA